ACGAUUAAACGGUGUGUGGGGAAUACGAGCCUUCUCACGCCUAUACCCCGCGCAGCGUGUCAUCAUUCUUUGGUGGCGUGUUCUUGGCGUCGUUUUCUGUUUCUUGGAACACGCGCGCGGAACCUUGCAGUUAUAUAUAUCGAGUAGUAUUUCUCUUUCCUUGUUAUUAUUCUCCGUAAAGCAGAGUACAUUCGAAAUCGCAUGUACGUAGGUUUAUAUCGAUAUGUUUACUUGUACAGCGACUCUGGGCGGCGCAGUGAAAGGGACAGGAGUUGGCGGCGUUGGCGCUCCGGUUGGGCAGAUUUAUGGCAGGCUCGCUCGCGCGCGAACAGUAAGUUUAUUGGAACAGCAAACGUGGCGCUUCGAGCGCUUCUACUUAGCGGCUCGGUCGUGCACGACACACACGCAUAUUCGAAUACUAGUCGUUUUCGCAGCGUUAUACACACUAUACACUCGGGAAUACAUGUUUACUACGUUUUACACGACGGCUCGUGUGCCGGCUUGACCGUUCGCUGUCUGCUUGUUGAUAUUCCCUCCCUUUUUUUUCCACUCCCGCUCUUCAUCUCCGACGCUUCGCUACGUCAGAAUUUCCAGGCACCGCGCGAGCCGGCAGCUCGUGUGAGCGUUGGAGCCUCGUAUCCCAGUAUCGUCUGUCAAAGAACGCGAUGCGGUUGACACUGUAUAACGGAGCUCGGCUUGUUUAACUUCGAUCUCAGUUUUCUUAUCACUCUCGCUACUUUGCAUUUGACCAAACAUAUUUCAAAAUUCGUUUCUCAUUACCGGCACCCCCCCCCCCCCCCCCCCCUCCACCCUUCACUUUCGGGAAAUCUUUGUUUAUCCUAACGCAUGAUUCGUGGAAUUUCUUCAAAGCAUCGUUCGAUUCCGGGAAAGUGCGUGACUACGAAAACUCCGGUGCAAUGAUCUGUUAAUUCUCGCUGGAAAAAUAUACCCGAGUGUUGUUUCUGUACUACAUCUGGUCCGAGCUGAGGCUUAUCGAUUUGAUUCUCCAGGCACCUCCUCGCCAGCCGGCUUCUCGCUUCUCCCCCUCCCAUCUCUCGCCCUCUCUCUCUCAUCCGGAAAGUACGAGUACGUUCGAUCUAUCACAUGUGAACUGUAUACACGUAGCUGCGGGCUGCCUAUGAGCUACACCAGUCGCUAUAUAGUUGUACAUCGGUAUUGAGGUUCAACCGAAUAUUCAUUCGGUUCAUUCAAUCUUUCGACGUCGAGGGAGUAUCUUCGUCGUAAAUUCAAUAAAGCGCUGCGCUUCUACCACUCGCAAGAACGUGUCAUUUAUUCUUCUCUUCUCGUACUCUUCCCGACAACUGCGGAAGCGUGUGCGCUACGUCAGAAUCUCGUUUUAUCAGAGGAAAGCGCCAGAUUUGAAUCGAAAAGUAGGUCGCUCAAACGCAACAUGGAAGAUCCGGUGUCAGUGAACGGAAAUGGCUCUACGAAUGGUACACCAGGAACCGAAACACUGUAUUACGAGCUCGAGGGCGACGCUGACAGCUCGAUUACACCUAGCAAUAACGUGGAUCAUCAACGAGAUCUAUCGGAACAGACGGUCUCGAACUUUCGCACGUUUUACAGCUCCGUCGUGCCAAAGUAUUUUAUACUUUUACACGUAGUACCGAGUGAACAGUUUAUUCCUUAUUUUUCGUGCCGUUUAAGUACGAAGAUGUCAAGCAGAGGUGUUAUGUCCGGUGGAAACGAGGGUUUUUUGGGAAUGAUGCAUCCCCCUAAUUUCCUCAUUGAUCUGGACGAAGGUAGCGAGAGUCCAGUUUUUGGUCUCGACGGGACAGGCGGAGGUGCCGGGGGUCUUAGAACGCCCCACGAGUUGCCGAACGAGAUAUCAGCGCCGUACGAAGUUCCCCAAUUCCCGAUCGAACAAAUCGAGAAAAAAUUAUUGAUUCAGCGACAACUGACAGUCAAGGCGGCGAAAGACCUCGAGGAACGCCGAAGUCAUUACGAGCCGUCGUUGGGUCCCGGAGUUCCCGACGAUAUCGAGCAUUCUUUCACCCUUGAAGAGAAUGAUUUCGUUCCGCACUUCCAGAGGGUCUCCAUUUCCGGAGAAGACACUUCAGGGGUUCCCUUGGAAGAUUUACAACAGGCAUCGCAAAUGUUGGUGCAGGCAUUAGCGAUACGGGAAAAAUACAUGAACAAUUCCAAACAAACUUUUCCCUCGAUAACAUCGAGGUUCCUCAGAACCGCUGAUAAACGACCUUUAAAUAGCGACGACGAGGUUCAACACGACGAUCGAAUGGCUAUUGCAGAUCAUCCGGUGCACGCACCAGCUUCACGCGGUGAUCCAUGGGAGUGCGAAUUUCCGGAGGCAAAAAAUUAUAAAAUAGCACCGUUGAACGGAGUUUUCAACGUUUACGCGAGCGAGGACGAUUUCGUGAAUAAAAAACCAUUGCCGUACUCCUAUCCGGAUUUGGGAACGUUUGUUCGCGAUAUGAAUCUCCUCUGUGCUAUGAUCGCAGACGGACCACUCAAAUCGUUUUGUUAUCGGAGACUCAGCUACCUUUCCUCGAAAUUCCAAUUGCACGUACUUCUUAACGAAUUACGAGAACUCGCGAGCCAGAAAGCUGUGCCCCAUCGAGAUUUUUACAACAUCCGAAAAGUCGACACUCACAUUCACGCUGCUUCGUGCAUGAAUCAAAAACAUUUGUUGAGAUUCAUCAAAAAAACGUUGAAAAAUCACGCGGAUGAGGUCGUCACCUGCUCUAAAAAUGGGGAAAUGAUGACCCUCGAAGAAGUCUUUCAAUCUAUGAAUUUAACCACGUAUGAUCUUAGCGUCGACAUGCUUGACGUUCACGCGGACAGAAACACGUUCCACAGAUUCGAUAAAUUCAACGCCAAGUACAAUCCGAUCGGAGAAAGCCGGCUUCGGGAAGUUUUUCUCAAAACCGACAAUUAUCUAGAGGGCAAAUAUUUCGCUCGUAUCAUUAAAGAAGUUGCGAGCGACCUCGAGGAGUCGAAAUAUCAAAACGCUGAAUUGAGACUCUCGAUAUACGGUAAAAAUCCUGAGGAAUGGGACAAAUUGGCUAGAUGGGCGAUUUCGAGCGACGUUUCUUCCGACAACGUGCGUUGGCUCAUUCAAAUUCCUCGAUUGUAUGAUAUAUUCAAGUUGAAUAAGUUGAUGACCAAUUUCCAAGAGAUCUUGAACAACAUAUUUUUGCCACUCUUCGAGGCUACCAAUGAUCCAAACAGUCAUCCAGAACUCCACAAAUUUCUUCAAUACGUAAUAGGAUUCGAUUCGGUCGAUGAUGAAAGCAAACCGGAAAACCCUCUCUUUGACAAGGAUGUUUGUCCACCGGAGGACUGGAACGAUGUCGAAAAUCCUCCAUACGGUUAUUAUCAGUACUACACAUACGCGAAUAUGACAGUGCUGAAUCAUUUCCGAGCAGAACAAGGCAUGAACACAUUUGUUCUGAGACCCCAUUGCGGUGAAGCUGGUCCGAUACAACAUCUCGUCUGCGGUUUUAUGAUGGCGGAGAACAUAUCUCACGGUCUAUUAUUGAGAAAAGUCCCAGUUCUUCAAUACUUGUAUUAUCUUGCCCAGAUUGGUAUCGCGAUGUCUCCGCUAAGUAACAAUUCCUUGUUUCUUAAUUAUCAUCGUAAUCCAUUACCGGAAUAUCUAGCCCGUGGACUCUGUGUCAGUUUGUCGACGGACGAUCCUCUACAAUUUCAUUUCACCAAGGAACCUCUCAUGGAAGAAUAUAGUAUAGCCGCCCAAGUGUGGAAACUGAGCUCGUGCGACAUGUGCGAGUUAGCGAGAAAUUCUGUAAUUAUGAGUGGGUUUCCACACAAGAGUAAACAAUAUUGGCUGGGACCGAAUUACACGAAGGAAGGUGUGGCGGGCAAUGACAUAACGAGAACAAACGUUCCGGACAUUCGAGUGUCUUAUCGUUACGAGACCCUUGUCGACGAGCUUUCCAACAUAUUCAAGGUCGUUGAUAAGCCAGUUGAGUCCUUUUAGCAUGGAUCAUGGAGAGUUUACGAAGCUCUCACUGAUCUCCAAGUAUCUUCCAUUUUCUCGAAUCAUCUGUAUAGCCUCUAAUGGUAUUUUGCACUGGUGAUUCUCGAGGUUUAUUCAACUACUUAUUAGUAAUUCUGAUUGUGGAAAAAUCGGUUGUUUUUUUUUUUUCAUUCCGUUUUGAUAUUUCGUAAAAAAUCCUCCGUAUACUCUGCCUACAACGAAAUUAAAUGCGUCUCUAAUUGCUUUCGAAUGAAAACCAACAAAUUCUCCAACAACUUUCAUCUUAACAAAAGAUUUUGCGAAAAAGUGUUUCUAUUAGCGAUAAUUAGAAAUUCUGAUAAACGAAAAAAAAAUACUUUUGCCAAUGAAUUUUCCAUCUCUGUAUUUUUAUAAUUAAUUUAUUCGAUAUUUGGGAUCAGUCGUUUAUAGAAGUUACAGAAACAAAAAAUACCUGUCAACAGAAACGUUGCCAUUGUCUUUUGAAUUUCUGGAUUUGUCAAAAUUUCCCUACGACUGGGAAACUCUUCGCAAUAGUUCGACAACUUUUUCUAUGCUUCAAAUUGAUAUUUACAAAUGCGAAAUUCACAGUGAAAAAAUCAUUGAAAAUUUCAUUUUUACAAAUUCAAGAGAUUCACACUCGACGAUCCUCUUGGUAGUAAAAUUCUAGGUCACUGAGGAAAAAAGCAGUGAUGUUAACGACCAAUAUUAUGUAAUGAAUAGAGAAAAGUAGUUUUUAUUCUGAUGUGAGAGAAUUCGUGUCUUGGUUGUGUUGAGAGGAACCAAAAAAAAAGCUGAUGAACUUAUUUGUACAUAGUAUAUGUAUGGAAAAUAGCGAAAGUAAGCAAGCAAAAAACGAAGAUUUUGUUGUUGAUUCGUAUCGACGAAUCGUGAGCUUAAAUCGAUGAAUACAACAAUUAACUGUGCCUAUUUCUUCGAAUUUAUGGCACUAUUGUUUCUCUCUCUUUUUUGUCUAUACAAUGCGAGAAUUUUGCGUGUGAACGUUGUUACUGAUUUUGUUAUAUUUUUGUACGUUUAUAUACCAAAUGCAAAUUUGUUUUCGCGAAAUAAUCGCCUCGUCGCUUUGCGAGUUGAAAACAGAAAUAUAUUUUUUUGUUUUUGCCUAGAUUUUAGCAAUUCGAUCCCUUCAACAUUCUUCGUCGUAAUGAUUUUCAAUCAAAACUUUUUAUCGUGUUUGAAAUUUUUAGAAAUGAUUUUUCCUAUUGCGAUUAAAUUACGUGAAAAAAAAACUUUCACUUUUUUUUUCUCACGAUGAACAAUUGAGGUUCAUAUUUUCUACUUUCCAACUUGGAGCUUUUAUCAGUCGUAUUCUGAUGUUUACGCGUCGAUGAGACAGAGAUUUUAAAAAAGCUUUUUUUCUGAUGAAAACAUCAAUCGUUUCGUCUUUUCUCGAUUCCAAUAGUUUAUAUUUUUUUCGUAAUCAUUGGCUCGUGAUGUAAAAUUCAAUUUCGUGCAAUCAAAAGUCCCAGUUCAUGUUCUUUGUUGUUGAUGAAAUAUGAAAUGAAUUUUGGUACGGAAGCGAUAUAAAAGGGUGUGGAAAUAAAUCAAGGAAAAAAUGUGAUCAAGCGUAGAUUUUCGACAUUUAUUGUAUUGCGAUGAUAGCAACAAAGAUAUGUAUUUCUUGUACAAACUCUGUGUAUAUUAUAUAGCAUUACAUUAUUACUAGCGAAAAUGAUAAAAAUAUACGAGAAAAAGUUUGAGCUUA